CAACGACCAAAUCAGAGCAGGAAGUAGUCUAGGGGUACGCUCCCUCCUCGUCCACUGCAGAAUCAAAACAUUUAGGUGCGCAAUGGGUAAAGCUGCGUUAUCCAGGAUGUUUCAUUAAAAUCGCAUAAUCUGCAGUGAAGAAUAUUGUCAAAAAGCUUCGUGCAUCAUGCUUCAGUUGAAGGACACCGUGGACCCGGAAAGUCCGGGGGCUGCGGUUCUACAUCCCGCAGAAACCGAGGAGGGGGUCGAGGUUGCGUUCACGCCACCGGAGGCCGGAGGAAGCUUCGGCUCUUCGAUGGCCUGCUGCUCCCCACUACAGACGCUGACGCCUUUCCACGUACACAACCCCACAAUGCAAGCCAAAGUUAAAGACUAUUUUGUUUUCAGGCCAGGUACAAUUGAGCAGGCGGUCUGUGACAUCAGGACAGUGGCCCUCCCCUCAGAAGAUGGAGAGGUCCUCAGUGUGUGGCUGUUGGCUGAAGUGGACCACUGGAACAACGAGAAGGAGAGACUGGUGCUGAUCACGGACCGGUCCCUCCUGGUGUGCAAGUACGACUUCAUCAACCUGCUGUGUCAGCAGGUGGUCCGGAUUGCUCUGAACGCCGUGGACACCAUGUCCGUGGGAGAGUUUGAGUUCCCGCCCAAAUCGCUCAACAAGAGGGAGGGCUACGGGGUGCGUGUGCAGUGGGACCACCGUCCGCGGGCCUCCUUCGCCAACCGCUGGAACCCCUGGUCCACAGACAUGCCCUACGAGACCUUCACUGAGCACCCCAUGGCCCACGCCGACGAGAAGGUGGCGUCUCUCUGCCAGUUGGACAACUUCCGGACCCAGCUGGUGCAGGCGGUGAAGAAGGCCCACAAGGAGCACCCCAUCCCCGGCCGCUCCAACGGGGUGCUGAUCUUGGAGAAGCCCCUGCUCAUCGAGACCUACCUGGGCAUCAUGUCCUUCAUCAACAACGAGGCCAAGCUGGGCUACUCCAUGACCCGGGGCAAGAUCGGCUUCUAGAGGAGCGGUUCCGGAUGAGCUAACCCUAACCUAGAUUAACCCCCCCCCCCCCCCAGUGCGGUCUAAUGUACGUAUCGUCUGUCAAAAGGACUCCGCCCUCAAAGGGAGGCGGUCACUCUACUUUGGUGUGAUUUUCGUUUUUUUUUGGGUUGAUCGGUCGGUGUGCGCCCGCAAUUAACCUCCAAUGCUUUCUCACGAGUCGGUGUUGUACUUGGGUCUCCGGGCAGAGUACAUGUUGUACAGCGUUGCAUGGACUGUCCGCUCACAUGAGUUCUGUUUCCCCCCCCGCACCCCGUAAAGUGACUGUUCCAACCGACGCCAUAUGGGUUCUCAGGGGCUUGUGUGAAGAGUGGAUUCGACUUCAAUGGAAGUGAGUGUUUUCGUGGUCAAUAUCGAUGAAUAUCAUGUGUUAGAGUGCGUUUUAUCCCUCCUCAUUUCACCGUGAGCCUCUUAUUCUGGAUCCGUCGGGCCUGUUGCGUCUGUAUGAUCAGAGCGGGGUCUAAGCAGGGUCUAUUCAGACCCCAACAAACAGCCAGAGAGGUGAGAGUUCAAGGUCGCAGGAACGCUGAUUCCAUUCCAUGGACAGACUCCAGGGUGCCACCUGGUUCCGGGGUCACAUCCUUAAGGUCCUAGGAGGGGCUCUCUGAGAAUAAGGGCCACUCCAGUUGUAUUUCAAAGGAAUGGGGCUUAUGCACCUAGUGGCCACCUCGGUUCUGAACACUAGCUGGCAUUUAGCCCCAAGAUGGGCACCAAGAUGGACGCUAGGUUGCAUAGGGCCCAUUGUGUCAUCCAGUACCGACAGCGUUCCCUCGAUGGGAUUUUUGUCCCAUAUGCAUGAAAUAACACUAAUAAUCAAAAUCAAUCAUAGCUUUAAAACAGUGUCUUAAAAUGAACAGCUCAAUGGGUUGUUGACAUACAUGUUACCUAUGCUUGCUAAUGGGUUUCUGUAAACUUGAGUCGGAUUGUCUGUUACUGUAAGUUCCUUGGUAAGCUCCUGUGACCUCGUCCUGUUGUGGGCGCCGUCUGUUUCCUGCCACCGUGUGCUAAUGGUUGUAAGUAUGGCAUUGCGAUAAGAUGAGGGAGCUAUUGCCGAUAGCUAAUGAGCUCAGGUGGCUAUGUUCUUAACCAUAUGAUUGUCAAUGAGGGGUUUUACAAAUUAGCGUUGUAUAUCACACUCCUAUGUUUAUUCAGUCGCCUUAAUUGUACUGUCAUUGUAUUUAUUUUAGGCAGUUAACGCAUGAAACAAUGCGUCAAUAGCAAACUUUCAUCUGGGCAUAAUGUUUGCAGUUUGUGGUGCACUCCAUCGCUGAAAGCUAAGUUGAUUCAUUGUUUGAAAUCUAUUACUGCAGAUGGAUUUGACUCAUUCGAUAAUUAUGAGAUCUGAGAUUCAGAUUGAUUUCAUUCAGGAGAGGAAGUCUUGUGGAGAUGUUCAUAGAAAUCCUAUGUUAUAAUAUAUACAACUGUAUUAAUCUAUAUGAAACUAUAUUCAUAUUAAAGCGGAACUGUGUUCAUUGCACUUCCUCGGCUUUUGGUAGAUAGUUGGAUAAUGUUUUGCAAAUAAAUGACCUGUGCAUGUGUGUUGCAUGAUUGUUUCUUUUUGAAAGAAAUGGUCUACUUUUGAUUCAUGUUUUUUGGUUUUCAAUGAUCUGGUAUUCUAAUCCUUGAACUGAUUUUUAGAACUAUUAGAUCCCCAUUGCCUUUCUCAAGAAGGGUUCUCGCACAAGGCAAUUUUCUGGUUUCAUGUCAAAUCUGGCUCUAAGUGAGCUCUUUGUGUUGAGUUACGCGGGUUUUACAGAUCAUAUUGCACCUUUAUGGGCUCGCUCUAUUACGGAAAAAUACCAAGAAUAAUCUCAGUAACAUCGCUUACAGACAUGAAUCUAAUAAAAUACAUAUUUGACCUA